AUGUUGGAGAUCCAGCUGGACGAUGGCGGCGUGGGGGGCUACGCGGGCGACGACUACUGCUCGGGCUCGGUGAUGUCGGAGCGCGUCUCGGGCCUGGCCAACAGCAUCUACCGCGAGUUCGAGCGCCUGAUCCACUGCUACGACGAGGAGGUGGUGAAGGAGCUGAUGCCGCUGGUGGUGACCGUGCUGGAGAACCUCGACUCCGUCCUCACCGACAACCAGGAGCACGAGGUCGAGCUGGAGCUCCUCCGCGAGGACAACGAGCAGCUCCUCACCCAGUACGAGCGGGAGAAGGCGCUGCGCAAGCAGGCCGAGGAGAAAUUCAUUGAAUUUGAAGAUGCGCUGGAACAAGAGAAGAAGGAACUACAGAUACAGGUUGAGCACCUUGAAUUUCAAACACGGCAGUUAGAGCUGAAGGCCAAAAACUAUGCAGAUCAGAUUUCCCGGUUGGAAGAGCGAGAAUCAGAAAUGAAGAAAGAAUACAAUGCCCUUCAUCAGCGCCACACAGAGAUGAUCCAGACCUACGUGGAACACAUUGAGCGUUCCAAGAUGCAGCAGGUGGCAGGGAAUAGUCAAAAUGAGGGUGGUCUUCCCGGGAGAAGUCAUCGUCAGUCAUGGAGGAAAAGUUUGAAGAGCCGUCCCAAUUCGCUGAACAUCCCCCUCACAGAUGGCAUGGUACGUGGGCAGGUGGGGGCCAAGAUCGCCCCCGCAGUGGACCACUGGCACCUGACUGACCUCGGCCAGCUGCAGUCCCACUCCAGCUACAAGUGCCCAACUGAGCAAAUGUCUGAAUCUGGACAGUCCUCUGCCGCUGCAACGCCGAGCACCACCGGGACAAAAUCCAACACGCCCACCUCAUCCGUUCCCUCCGCUGCCGUCACCCCCUUGAAUGAGAGCCUCCAGCCCAUGAACGAUUACAGCAUCACAGCCAAGAACAACAAACGGUCUCGGGAGAAGCGGAACAGUCGGAAUAUGGAGGUCCAGGUCACCCAGGAGAUGAGGAAUGUGUGCAUAGGAAUGGGAAGUAGUGAUGAGGGGUCAGAUUUUCAAGACAUCGACUCCACUCCUGAGUUGGACAUGUGUCAGGAUCCCAGGCUGGAGCGGACGGGAAAUAGCCCAACUCAAGGUAUCGUCAACAAAGCGUUUGGCAUCAACACGGAUUCGCUGUACACCGAGCUUACUGAGGUGGGCUCCGAAGCCAUCGGAGAUGUGGACGAAGGAGCAGAUCUGUUAGGGGAGUUUUCAGUACGGGAUGAUUUCUUUGGAAUGGGCAAAGAAGUGGGGAAUCUCUUGUUGGAGAAUACGCAGCUCCUGGAAACAAAAAAUGCUUUGAAUAUAGUGAAGAAUGACUUAAUUGCGAAAGUUGAUCAGCUCACAGGGGAGCAGGAGGUGCUGAAAGGAGAGCUCGAAGCGGCAAAGCAGGCAAAAGCCAAAAUGGAAGCCAGGAUCAAGGAACUCGAGGAGGAGCUGAAAAGAGUGAAAUCGGAAGUGAUUGUUGCCCGACGAGAACCCAAAGAGGAGGUGGAGGAUGUAAGCAGCUAUCUCUGUACAGAAUUGCAGUCCUCCUCCCCCCUGCAGGACAACAUUCCCAUUGCCCAGCGGCGGCGCUUCACCCGGGUGGAGAUGGCCCGUGUCUUGAUGGAGCGCAAUCAGUACAAGGAGCGGUUGAUGGAGCUGCAGGAAGCCGUCAGGUGGACGGAGAUGAUCAGAGCCUCCCGGGAGCAUCCUUCAGUCCAGGAGAAGAAGAAAUCUACCAUUUGGCAGUUAUUGAGAAGUAACACUGUUGCUUCUCUCCUCAGUGACUGUACGUCAUCCGCACGUCGCGAGCAGAAGCGCGAACAGUACCGCCAGGUCCGGGAGCACGUGCGGAAUGAUGACGGUCGCUUGCAGGCUUGUGGGUGGAGUCUGCCGGCCAAAUACAAACAGCUGAGUCCUAAUGGUGGUCAGGAAGAUAACCGUAUGAAGAAUGUCCCCGUUCCUGUCUACUGCCGACCUCUGGUGGAGAAGGACCCAACCAUGAAGUUGUGGUGUGCAGCAGGAGUCAACUUGACAGGCUGGAAGCCUGUGGAACAAAACGCUGGAAAUGGACAAAAGCCAGAUCCAGGAUGCGAUCCUUUAACCUGCGACCGGGAAGUGGAAGGAGAGAACGGCAAGAGCAACCACACAUCUCCGGAAAAGAAAAAGGCCAAAGAACUGCAUGAGAUGGACGCCACAUCCAGCAGAGUGUGGAUUGUCACAAGCACCUUAUCCACAAGCAAAAUUGUGAUUGUUGAUGCCAACCAGCCUGGCACAGUUGUGGAUCAUUUCACCGUCUGCAAUGCCCACGUCCUUUGCAUCUCCAGCAUACCAGCUGCUUGUGACAGUGACUACCCUCCCGGUGAAAUCUUUCUGGAAGGGGACUUGAAUCCCGAAGAGUCUUCAGGGACAGACAGUGUUUUGACAGGCAUCACUCUGGUGGGUUGUGCAACCCGGUGCAACGUGCCCAGUAGCAAUUGCUCCUCUCGUGGAGACACUCCUGUUCUGGAUAAAGGGCAGAGCGAGGUGCCUGCAGUGAGCAAUGGAAAGAUCAACCAGGCUCAGUCCACCGAGGAGGCGACAGAAGCCACGGAGGUGCCCGAAAAUGGCACAGAUGAAAUGGAGCCGGCCCAAGUGCGGCCUGGUCCGCUUACGGAGCAUGUCUUCACGGACCCAACCCCAGCUCCAGCACCUGUAAGGCAGAGCAGGUGGCUUGGAGCCCAGAAUGGCUGGUUGUAUGUCCACUCGGCGGUCUCUAAUUGGAAGAAAUGUUUACACUCAAUAAAGCUGAAGGACUCGGUGCUGAGCUUGGUGCAUGUGAAAGGACGUGUGCUUGUGGCCCUAGCUGAUGGAACGCUUGCUAUAUUCCACCGAGGAGAGGGUGAGGAGUGGGAUCUCAGCAACUAUCACCUCAUGGACCUGGGCCACACUCACCACUCCAUACGCUGCAUGGCUGUGGUGUAUGAUAGGGUGUGGUGUGGCUACAAGAACAAAAUUCACGUCAUCCAGCCCAAGACGAUGCAAAUUGAGAAGUCCUUUGAUGCUCAUCCUCGCCGGGAGAGCCAGGUCCGGCAGCUGGCUUGGAUUGGAGAUGGCGUUUGGGUUUCCAUCCGGCUGGACUCAACGCUGAGGCUGUAUCAUGCUCACACUCAUCAGCAUCUCCAGGAUGUAGACAUAGAGCCCUACGUCAGCAAAAUGUUAGGGACCGGGAAGCUGGGUUUCUCGUUUGUGAGGAUCACGGCCUUGCUCAUUGCCGGCAACCGUCUGUGGGUGGGGACAGGCAACGGAGUCGUCAUUUCCAUCCCUUUGACGGAAACCGUAGUACUCCACAGAGGUCAGCUUCUUGGGCUCAGGGGUAACGUUCUUGCAACGCUGAACGGGAGCGUGUUGGACAGUCCUUCUGAGAACCCCGGCACGGCCCCCGUUGAGACAGAAGGGCAGAAGCUGAAAAAUGUCCUGGUGCUGAGCGGAGGAGAAGGUUAUAUUGACUUCCGGAUUGGGGACGGAGAGGAUGACGAGACGGAGGAGAAUGCAGGGGACACCGCCCAGGUCAAGCCCAUUCUCUCCAAGGCCGAGAGGAGCCACAUCAUCGUGUGGCAGGUCUCCUACAUCCCCGAAUGAGCUCCUUCUCCUUUUCCUGCCGACUCUAUUUCUCUCUUCCCCGCCCUGACGCCCUGAAUGCCAAUAUGUACAUAUGGAACUCCUGCAUUAUACCUCCUGCUGGAAACUGAACCCCGGAUGACUGCCUACACCUCCUUGUGCCAUUGCAAGGCCUCCCUCCUCUUAUAUCCUCUGAACUUGCAGCUUUCCUAUCGGGCCCACACGCUUCCUGAAUCAGGCGGGUCACCGGAAGGGGAGGAUCUUGAGAAUGAAGCCUGCUGUCAGGUAUCGCGAUGGUCAGAGGAGUGAAGUUGGUUUGGGGGGGCUGGCUGACGUUUUCGUGACAGGUCCCUUUCCCUCCCUCACCUGCCCACCUGCAUGGAAAAGAGAGCUACUUCUUGGCUAU